AUGCCUGCAGCACAACAAUCGUCCAAGAAGGUCGACUCGGCAGCUUUGUCCUCCUUGUCCUCGUCUUCCUCAUCAUCAUCAGCCAAUCAUCAAUCCUCAUCAAUCAUGAAUUCAUCAUCCACAGUGAAUAAGAGAGCUGCUUUGAAGGAUCGUCUUUUCCAACACAUUGAAAAAUUCUUUCAUCUCCAUCCACAUCAAAUUGAUUCCACGCUCAUUACCGAACUUUCUCAAAUUUUGCGCUCCGAGAAUGUAGGGAAGGAAGAUGUACUUCACUUUUUCCUUUCCUUGUUUGAACUGUGUAUGAGAGAAGAGUCUAUCCAGAAAACAACAAGCCUCGUUGUUGGACUGAAGAAAAAAUCGGAACAUGGUAUUCUGAGUGUUCUGGAUUCAACUCUUAUUUCUACUCUCUGCACAACCUUGUUAGCGAGUGUGGUUACAUCACACGUUCAACAAGAAAUUAAUUUAUUCUCACCAGAAGAGUUAUAUAAAUUAUUGAAACAAAAGCAGCAACAACAGUCAUCUUCAACAAACGAAGUGUUCGAACAACAAGUGAAAGUAAGGCUUGUUUUCGUUACAGGAUGUUUUUUAAGUGGUGCUGUGUUUUGUUGGCAUCAACCACAAGGAAAGAAGGAUCAGAAAUCAAGGCCAUUCUAUCUCCGACUUAUUGAAGAUGUUCAAACAGAUUAUCGUCGAUUGUUGAAAAAGCUGAAGGCAGUAUCGGAAGAAAAGGAACGACAACAGAAUGAACAUAUGAACGACAGUAGUGAACCUCAGAAUAAUGAACAGGAAGAGCAACAACAUCAUUUGGCAAUUUUGAAUGUUUUAUUUGUUGAGGCAUUUGGUGUGAUUCUCAGUUGCAUGAAACAACAAUCUCAGAAAAAGCACUCAGUCGUUUCGAGAAAAGACUUGGAAACAUUUGCAUUUGAAUUGGAGAGGAGUUUCCUACCAGAAAUUGUGGACAAUACUCCAUCAUUGUUGAACAAUGAUGGAAACAAUGAUGAUUCUUCUGAACGAAAGAAGAAGUCACUGAAAGAUAGAACAGUGGUAACGGACGGAGCUUUUAUUAGGAAUAUGUUACAAAGUACAUAUGUUGAGCUUCCACAUUUCAUGCUCCAUCAUUAUAUUCAACAAUACUGCCCAACUGCUAUUCAUGAACGUAACAUGAUUAUGACAGGAGGUAAUGCCUCAAACUCUGAGGAUGAAGACAUGAAUGAAAAUUCUAUUCUCAUGACAAGAUCAUUUGUAAUUGCACUUUGCAAUUAUAUGGCUGAUUUCCGUCACUUACCUGUUCAGUGUGCCAUGACUCAAUUCCUCACAAAUCUCAUCGUGCCAUCUCUUGCGUUAGGAAUGAAAAAGAAGAAAAAACAAACAACAGACGCAAGCAAGGAAUACGAGCAAUUUUUGUUUGCAAAAGAACUCCUACAAAGUUUCUUUUCUCAAUUAUUCUCACAAAUGCAAGUGCCACCAUCUCCUCUUCAACAACCAAAGAGUGGUAGCACAAACGACAUUAUUGCUCAGUUAUCAACUCGAAAAGGUUAUUGGUGGGAAAUUCAGAUAUUCCAAGAUGUUAUCGAAUGUUUGAAUAAUGUUGACAAGAACGUAAUGAACUAUAUUCUCGAUGAAAUUUUACCAUUGGGAGAAAUUGAAAAGUCGGUGAAUCCUUUCUUGUUAAUGUGGGGUGCUUGUUUAAAUGAAUGCAAACAGUUCUUGAAGAAUGCUCCAUCAUUGACGUCAUCCAGCCCAACCGGAAACAACACAUUGCUUAAUUCGUUACUGAUGCUUGUCGUCAAAAAACAAGAACAAAAGAAGCGCAAGAGAGCUGAAUCAGGUGAGGAAAAUGUAAAUUCAGAGACAGAAUCGAUUAAGAAUGAACUCAAGAUGAAACAAGUUCGUGAAGCUUUUUUCAAUUAUCAGAUAUGGCUUGGAUCUUAUCUGCGACCAAGAAUUCUGAGUCUUACCUCUACAAAUCCCUCUCUUUCUAAAAUUCUUCUCUCGAGAGAGUCAGUGUUGUGCAAGGUUUCCAAUACUUUGGGUAGAUACACAACCGAUAAUGGAAAACUUUCAUCAUUUACAUUGGAAGCUGAUAAGAAAAAGAAGAGAAAUGAUGACGAGGACGAGUUCACUUCUUCAAGCCGUAAAACAACGAGGUCUUUGAUUAGAACUUUGUCUUCAUGGCUAAGAGACGCAAUCAAACUCAGAGUAGGCACCAUUACACGUUCCAUUUUAAUGAUUUUAGAGCAAUACGAUGAACAAAUGGAACGAUUUAUUGCAAAGAAAAACCAGAUGGAUUUGGUGCAUGACUCUCUUGCUCAAGAAGAAGAAAAGGAAGAGGAAUGGCUCAACGAGGAGGCAUUGCGAUUUUUACUUUCUUGUUUCCCUACUAAUGUUAGAGUUUAUGACAAGAGUGAAGACUCGUUUACAGCAGAUAAUCUUCUUGUAUUGUUGAAGAAACUGUUUGAAGUUGGCUCAAUGAUGAAUUAUGUGAACGAAAAACUUCUUUCAGCUAAGAAAAAAGAAGGUUUGUCAGAAAGAGAAAUUUUAAUUAGACAAAAAUCAUAUUAUGGCAAAGAUAUCAUUGACAUGUCUAGUAAUCUUGUGAAGGUCAUUCUCAACAACUUGGCUGUCCAAGAGUUUAACUGGAUGAGACAUCAAUACCAUCCUUCAAGCAAAGAAAGUAGCAACGAAAAAGCUCAACUAACAGGUUCAAAGCCUUGGAGUGGAGAAAUUUAUAGUUACGCCAUUACACUUUAUGGAUUAGACGGAGAAAAGAAGACCAAGCAAGAAACAAGAAAGAGAAUUUUUGACACAACAGAUAAUAAUGCCACACUUUUCAAAAUUCAAAACUUGCUAUCUAAAAUUCAAAAGGAACUCGAAAAAAUUAGUAUUGGAAGCUCUUCGAAAACUUGUAUGGACUGGACAAUACUUUCUUCAUUAGCUAUAUAUUUGAAACAAUUAAUUAUUGCAAGUAUGUUCGAUCCUUGGAUUAUUGAGUCACAAGAACAAGGUAAACCAAUGGUGGAGGACUUGUUGAAAGUAUACGAAUCCUUGUCGUCGCUUUCUUCAGAAGAACUUGUCACAUUAUGUCAGAAAAAGGAGGAUUCAAUGCAAGAUGAGGAUGCUACCCAACCUACCGAAGUUCUCACAGAUUUAUUGGUUGUGAACAUAAACGCGGAACCAAACUUGACUCUUGCUUCAAGAAUAGUUUUCAUGACUCUUGCAAAGUUUUUGAACGAAGAAUGCUUGGAUUUACUCUUCAAUUACUUGAUGAAUGAUGGAGAAGUCGAUGAAAUUGAUGAGGAAGAUGAGAGUGAUGAAGAGGAAGAAGAAGACAGCGAUGAAGAGGAAGAAGAGGAAAAAGCUGAAAACAUUGAAGAAGAGCACCCUCAAAAUGGUGAAGAAAAUGCGCUCACACAAGAAGACACCGAAGGUGCUGCUAUCAUUAGAAAUGAUGAGGAAGAUGAAGAAGGAGGAAUUGAUCUUAAUAAUCCAUCAGAUGUCUCACGUGUUCUUGAAAUUUUGAAAGCACGCAAUGAAGCAAAACGAAGGAAAUCAGAAGAGAAGCAAAAAAAACUUAAGAGAAUGGAAUUUGCUAUGAACAUUGUUCAAGUAUUGGAAGGGCUUUGCAUCAAAAGUGUUCCUCAACCAGUCUUGGUUCUUCUCUUAUUCAAAGGAACCCAAUACGUUUUGGAUAAGCUGUGGUAUCAAAAUACUGAAGAUGUUGCUGACCAUCUCAAGAAAGCCACAGGAUAUGCUGUUAAUACCAUUUUCAAUAAGGUUUUCCAACUUGUGAUGAUUCUAACAAAGGAAUAUCGACAACAAUUACUUUCAGAUGCUUCUAACAGCCCAUGCGCCAUUGUCUUUGAUCAAGAUGCCAAAGAAGCUUUAUUCGAAACAGCAAAAAUUUAUGCGAUUGAAUUCUCCAAGUACGGCAAGUACUUGUCAUCAAUUCAAGGAAAAGCAAAAAGAGCUGUUCUUGCCAAGAGUUUAGCACCAACUUUGAAUAUGGAGCAAUGUGCCCAUAUGCUGAGUAUUUAUAUUAGGUUAAUGUCUCUCCUUAGAAGUGGAUCCAACAAAGUCGUGGAAUCUGCCGAAUUAGAUAUUGAAAAGAUUUUAUUUGGCUCAGAAAAAUCCAGCAUGAUUGAAGAAAAUGAGGAAGAUAAUCUAGGAACCUCCAUGGAAUUGCUCAUUUCUCUUUCACAAUCUGAUCCUGCUAUUGCUUGCACUCUCAGUAGUAAGAUUAUCACUUUUGCUCUUGAGAAGAUCAUUCACUCAGGUGACAAAAAGUACCGAAACAAAAAAUCAGGUUUUAUUCUCGCUCAGCCACAACAAAGAGAACUGUAUGAUCGAAUUUUAGUGCAUUUGGUGAAACCUUAUCUUGCCACAUUGACUGAAAACCAGCCCUCUCAGGUCAAUAAGGUUUUAUUCAUGGUAUUGGAUGCUUAUGUGAAAGACAUUUGCCCAGCAAUGAAAGUGAACAGAACUGUCAAGUCAAAGGCUCUCAAAAAGUGUGCCAGCAUCUUAUUGAAUGUAUUGGAAUAUCUUGCUAAUCACUCGACCAAACAAGACGAUUUCACCGAUACCCAAUUCAAAGAACUCAUCAUUUGUUUCUACUUUGUAUUUUAUCACUCAGAUAAGAAGGAAAAGAAAUCAGAAGAGAAAUCUGUUUGGAGUCAAGCUCUUCCAUUAUUUGAAGCAUGGAGAAAGAGGUGGAAUCUUUUGAGUGAUGUCGAAUCCAUCCAACAAAAUGUAAUUGAAGCUACACAAGAUUUAGAUAAGACUGCUAUUGAAAUUUUGAAACAACGAAGAGAGACAUUCAAGAAUGAAAGAAAAGAACGAGUCAAACAACAGCAAGAAAUUUUAAGACAACAACAAGAAGAAGACAAUAAGAAGAGACGAAAGAGAAACGAAAAGACCUCUUCGUCGAGCGCUUCAGCUUCUAACGAGCCCACUACUCUGCAGGACGAAGUUGUGAAUGAAAAUAAGAAGAAUGCAAGCCAAGAAAAAGCAGCACAAAAAGAGACCAAUGAAAGUUCAACCAAGAAACGAAAGACCACACCAACAGCCUUUGCUUUCACUUCUGAUGAAGCUCCAGCCGAAACAAUUGAGGAAAUGAAAAAGAAAAGUGGUGUUAUUCCAGUAACAGCCAAGACCACAUCCCAAAGCAACAAUGCAUCCCAAGUAUCAACGACCCAGACUUCAAAGAAACCUCAAAAAGCUUCCUUCAUGAAAGAAACUGCCUCUAGUGCUGCCAAAAAAGCUGCAAUUGCUGAAACCAAGAAACCACAAUUGGCUUCGUCAAAGAAAGUCAAGAAAUAA